ACAUCCAAUCACAGAGGACGGGGGCGUGGCCUGCCGCAGGAUUUAAGGUAGCGGGUUUCAGCGCGGGAACACCAUCCCGGUCCUGAGCUAGCAGUGGCGGCGUCUAGCGGCAGCCUUGCACGAGUCCUCGCGCCCUCAGUCUUUCUUCUAGUCAAGAUGAGUGAUAAGCCUGACUUGUCGGAAGUGAAGAAGUUUGACAAAUCAAAAUUGAAGAAGACUAAUACUGAAGAAAAAAAUACACUUCCAUCAAAGGAAACUAUCCAGCAGGAGAAGGAGUGUGGUCAAACAUCAUAAAAUGAGGAACUCCUAAGAGUAAACUUCAACAUUGCCUGAGGGUCUAGUGUAGUCUUGUUUUUGUAAACCCAAGUGUUUGUAGAGAUUUGAGGCACCUGGUGAUGGCUUUUCACUUUUAUCCACUAGUUGAAAGGUCAGCUGUAGCCAGUGUUUCCUAAAUUUGCUUUUAAACUUUUCAUUGUUGUUUAAAGUCCAGAAGGCAGAUACUGUCAAUAUUCUCACCAUUGUUCACCUCGGUGCAUGUAGUCAUUUCAGCUGCUGCAGGGCUGCCAACUCUAACCUACAAUGGGUGCCUCAGUUCCUUCAUCAUCUUAAUGAGGUUGCAUGCUUUGCAGCUUCUUGGGUUUGUGUUUAUUUCUGAUAUAACAUUAAAAUAAAUAAAAUCACCAA